AUGCUGCAAGUACACCCGACGCCCGCUGGAUACCAGGUGCCCCAUGGCCCUGCAGUUGCAGCGAAGGCCUACAUGCCAGUGAUGGUCCCCAAUCGCGUGGUGGUUCGUCCAGCAGCGCCCCUUCAACCUAUGGUCGCCCUUCCAAGGGCUCCGGUGCAGGUGCAGAGACCCAUUUGCCAAGCAGGUGUGCAGACCACCCUCUUCGGCCAUCGGAAACCUGGGGCUUGGGAGGGCUGCUACAGCUUGGUGAAAACCCUGGGGAAGGGUUGCUUCGGCACGGUGCAUCUGGUGAAGCCGCGAGACGGCGGGGAGGAGCGCGUCGUGAAGGAGGUGCCCUUCAAGCCAAACAUGCCACGCGAGUCGGUGCUGCGGGAGAUUGAGAACAUGAAGGCCAUGGACCACCCUCACGUCUUGAAAGUCUUCGAGUAUUACGAGUCAAUCGGAAAGAUUUGCAUGGUCCUGGAGGCCUGCAAGGGCGGCGAGCUCCAGGAUCUCAUCGCGGCCCAUGCGCGGAGUGGCCUCGCGCUCCCCGAGCGAUUCAUCUCCGAGGUGAUGGGCCAGUCGCUUGAGGCGAUCUCGUACUGUCACAGCAAGAACCUUAUCCACAAGGACCUCAAGGCAGAGAACAUCAUGCUGCUGCAUCAGGUUGACAUCGCUGCGGGUGAUCGGCCACAUUGCAUCAUCAUCGAUCUUGGCUUGGCUGAGAUGUUCUUGCCGAGUCUCCCAAGAGGGAAGAUCUACGGCGGCACGAAGACGACCAUGGCGCCAGAGGUGAUGUUCAGCAACUUCGGACCGAAGU